UCAGUCAGUCAGCAGUGGGCUCGGCUGCCGCAUGGCCACUGUGUGAAAACUUUCUUCAACACGCGCACACACAGACACACACACGCAAAGUGGAAACUGUCGGAUAACGAAGAAGAACAGACGCUCGGAGAGGUUGAGGGACAUACUAGGAAGAGGUCUUGAAUGAAUGUGGAACUUGUGCUCCGCUUAUCAAAGUGUCGUUUCCCACUCGUGCAUGUUUAAACCAGAGGAGAGCUCUGGUGCCGUGUGUCGGCCAGACGACUAGUACAAACGAGUGGCAACAGCAGUCCGGAGGCAUGAUUUUGAGACGGGGCUCAGUCCUUGCUGCCUUUUUGCUCUGCUUUCUGGCGAAGGUGUCGCAGGGAUCUGGACAAUUCGAGUUGCAAAUCUUAUCGAUGCACAUUGUAAACGGAGAGCUGCUGAACGGCAUGUGUUGUGACGGCACACGGAACACGGCGGAUCGAAAAUGCACACGGGACGAGUGCGAUACGUUUUUUAAAGUUUGCCUGAAGGAAUACCAGUCGAGGGUUUCUGCUGCAGGGCCCUGUAGCUUCGGAAUGGGAUCUACGCCUGUCCUCGGAGGGAAUACCUUUUCUUUCAAGAGCUCUGUCAGGAAUGACAAAUCCAGGAUAGUUUUGCCCUUCAGUUUUGCCUGGCCGAGGUCCUACACUUUGAUAGUGGAAGCCUUGGACUUCAAUAAUGAAACCAGUGGUGCUGAUGGGAAGUUAAUAGAGAAAGCCUCUCUCUCUGGCAUGAUCAAUCCCAGCCCACACUGGCAGAAGAUGACUCACAAUGGUCCUGUAGCCCAGUUCGAGUACCAGAUCCGGGUCAGCUGUGACGAGCACUACUAUGGCUUUGGUUGCAACAAGUUUUGUCGGCCCAGGGAUGAGUUCUUCGGGCAUUACACAUGCGACUACAAUGGAAACAAGACCUGUCUGGAAGGCUGGUCUGGACCUGACUGCAACACGGCUAUAUGUCGACAAGGCUGCAGCACUGAACACGGAUCAUGUAAGGAGCCAGGAGGAUGCAGGUGUCUGUAUGGCUGGCAGGGCCAGUACUGUGACAAGUGCAUCCCGCACCCUGGCUGUGUACAUGGCACCUGCGUAGAGCCCUGGCAGUGUCUGUGCGACACCAACUGGGGCGGCCACCUUUGUGAUAAAGAUCUGAACUACUGUGGCACUCACCAGCCGUGCCUGAAUGGAGGGACAUGCAUCAACACAGGACCUGACAAGUACCAGUGUACCUGCGCUGAGGGCUAUUCUGGUGCCAACUGUGAAAGAGCGGAACAUGCCUGCCUGUCCAAUCCAUGCGCUAAUGGAGGAAGCUGUUCAGAAACCAGUCAGGGCUACGAAUGUCAGUGUGCACCAGGCUGGAGCGGUCCCUCCUGCACCAUCAAUGUUGACGACUGCGCUCUGAACCCCUGCAAUCAUGGAGGUACCUGUCAGGAUCUGGUUAAUGGUUUCAAGUGUCACUGUCCUUCACAGUGGAUAGGGAAGACUUGUCUGAUAGAUGCCAAUGAAUGCGACAGCAAGCCUUGUGUCAAUGCCAACUCAUGCCGCAACUUGAUUGGUGGAUACUUCUGUGAGUGUGUUCCUGGUUGGACGGGGCAGAACUGCGACCACAAUAUAAACGACUGCAAGGACCAGUGCCAGAAUGGAGGAACUUGCAAGGACUUGGUAAAUGGUUAUCGUUGCAUGUGCCCGCCAGGCUUUUCCGGCGAGCAUUGCGAGAGGGAUGUCGAUGAAUGUGCGAGCUCGCCGUGCCUAAAUGGCGGACGCUGUCAGGACGAAGUGAACGGCUUCCAGUGCCUUUGUCUGGCUGGUUUUUCAGGAAAUCUCUGCCAGCUGGAUAUCGAUUACUGCUCUCCCAACCCGUGUCAGAAUGGAGCGCCCUGCUUCAACCUGGCCACAGACUACUACUGCGCUUGUCCAGAGGACUACGAGGGCAAAAACUGCUCUCACCUCAAAGACCACUGUCGCACCACCACUUGUAAAGUGAUUGACAGCUGCACUGUUGCUGUGGCGUCCAACAGCACGCCGGGAGGAGAGCGCUACAUUUCUUCGAAUGUGUGUGGACCUCACGGCCGCUGCCGCAGCCAGGCCGGGGGCCAGUUCACCUGCGAGUGCCAGGAGGGCUUCAGGGGGACCUACUGUCAUGAGAACAUCAAUGACUGUGAGAGUAAUCCAUGCCGGAAUGGGGGCACCUGCAUCGACAAAGUCAGCGUGUACCAGUGCAUCUGCGGCGACGGAUGGGAGGGCGAGCACUGUGAGAUCAACAUUGAUGACUGCCGCACCAACCCGUGUCGAAAUGGAGGGACAUGUCGAGACCUGGUGACUGAUUUCUUUUGCGAGUGCAAGAAUGGCUGGAAGGGAAAGACUUGCCACUCCCGUGAAAGUCAGUGCGAUGAAGCCACAUGCAACAAUGGAGGCACCUGCCACGAUGAGGGCGACACGUUCCAGUGCAACUGUUCCCCAGGGUGGGAGGGAACGACGUGCAAUAUAGCCAAAAACUCAAGUUGUCUUCCAAACCCAUGUGAGAAUGGAGGUACCUGUGUGGUGACUGGGGAGUCGUUCACUUGUGUCUGCAAAGAAGGCUGGGAGGGUCUCACAUGCACCCAGAAUACCAACGACUGCAGUCCACACCCAUGCUACAACAGCGGAACCUGCGUGGACGGGGAUAACUGGUACCGGUGCGAGUGCGCCCCAGGCUUCGCUGGUCCAGACUGUCGGAUCAAUAUUAAUGAGUGCCAGUCCUCUCCAUGUGCCUUUGGCUCCACUUGUGUGGAUGAGAUCAACGGGUAUCGCUGCCUGUGUCCAACAGACAGGACUGGUCCUCACUGUCAAGAAGCGACAAGAAAACAUUGCUCUGUUAAUGGACAAGUCACCCUUGAUGGAGCCAAAUGGGACGAAGACUGCAACACCUGCCACUGUUCCAAUGGGAAAGUUGUGUGCACAAAGAUGUGGUGUGGUCCUACGUCAUGCCAACUGGGUGUCAAAGGUCGAGGUGGGUGUCCUUCAGGCCAGAGCUGCGUCCCCAUCAGGGAGGGCCACUGCUUUGUGAAGCCCUGCAUUGGCCUUGGCGAGUGCUGGCGCUCCAACCCUCCCCCGCCUCCCACCAAAUGCCACCCCAGCUCCAGUUACCAGGACAACAGCUGCGCCAACAUCACCUUCACCUUCAACAAGGAAACCAUGUCUCGAGGCUUGACUGUGGAGGAUGUGUGUAAGCAGCUGAGGCGCUUGUACGUAGUAAAGAAUUUCUCCUUGGAGCAUUCUGUGUCCAUAACCUGUGACCCCUCAUUCUCAGCCAGCAACGAGAUCCACGUCUGCAUCUCUACCGAGGACCAUCGUUUGGAUCGGAGCCCAAUUAAAGAGAUCACAGACAGGAUAAUCGACCUGGUUAGCAAACGCAAUGGGAACAACACAAUCAUCACCUCCAUCGUGGAGGUGCGCGUGCCAAGCCCCAGCAAAACUGACUACCUAGUGCCACUCCUCAGCUCCAUCUUCAUCGUCAUCUGGGUCCUUGUGCUGGUCUCUAUUUUGCUGUGGUGCAUGCGGCGCCGGCGGAAACAGAGCAACCACAACGGGACGUCAGCUGCCGGCUCUGAGGACAACACCACCAACAAUGUGCGGGAGCAGCUUAACCAGAUCAAGAACCCUAUAGAGAAGCAUGUGGCCAUCAAAGACUAUGAAAACAAGAACUCCAUCAUUGCCAAAAUAAGGACAAAUCAUCCCGAGGGGGAUGAGGAUGACAAGGAGAGGCACCUACAGAAGGGCCGCUUUGCCAAACAGCCAGCAUACACACUGGUGGAGAGAGACGAGAAGACACCCAUCUCCAAUCCCAACUCCACAUCCAAAAAUCCUAAUUGGACUAAUAAACAGGACAACAGAGACUUGGAGACAGCAAACAGCAUAAACAGGAUGGACUACAUAGUAUAGCAGACAGCUGUGUUGCUGUGCAACCAAGCCUUAUGCCUUCACACCCCGGUGGUGGGUGAAACGGGGGAGCUUUGGCAUGUGUAGUUAGUAAACUGUCAUGUCACUCGUGACCCCUCAGUAUUUUCAGAUAUUCCCCGUGUUAAUUUAAGUUUUGACAAGCUGGCUUACACUGGCAGUGACAGUUGCUUUGUUUGGCUGGAAACACAAGGCACUGGUAUACAUUUCACUGUAGAAUUAAUUGCAAAAGUGUCCUCCUCUGCAUUUCAUCCCCCCCACCCCCUUUUUUAAAAAACAAAAAACAAAAAAAAACAUUUACUGGACACAUAGAAGGGGCUCCAGGGGUGUAAUUGUUGUACAAUGACUAAAAACUACCCGACGUGUUCAACACUAGAGCUAAAUACUUUUAGUAUGUGUUUGAAUUCUUUCUAGUUCCGUUUGGAGAAAGUGCCUUUUCAGCUUUAGACUCAAGCAACUGUCAGAUGAGAAAAAAAGAUCAACUUUAUUAUUUAUUUUUAUUUUGGGUUGGGGAAGGGGAGGGAAGGGCUCAAUGUCAGCAGUUGCUGCCAAUAUGAAGAAUUUAUGUGUCAAUUUAGAACAUGUAGAUAUGUACAUUUUUUUAUUAAUCAUUGUAUAUAUUUGAUUUAUUAACUUAAUAAUCAAGAGCCUUAAGAUAUCAUUCCUUUUUAUUUAUAUGUUCUGUCUAGUUUGAAGGUUUUGACAGCUGUGGAAGCCUACCAUUUCUUUCAAUGACUUUUUUUUUUCCAACGCAUUCUAUAAAAGCCAAAUUUCAAAGAGGACAAAGGAUGGGCACUUUUUGCCUGAAAGAAAAACUUUUUUUUUUCUCCUCACACAUUUGACAUUUCAUUAUUUGUUGCCAGGACCUUGAUAGAAGGCAAGUGAGGUUAAGACGAUGAAAGAUCACGGCUGCUGCGAGGGAUGGACAUGGUGGCAGACAUAUUGCUUGCCACUAAUGGAUUAAUACUUAAGGGAACAAAAAUCCUUCACCAGCUUCAGUUUAACCCAUUGACACAUUUCAAAGACUGUAAAAAUUCACCAGCUUGCGAGGCAAAUCACAUCAAUAUGACACGCCAGAAUUCCCAUCUGCUUUAGUCAGCAUAAUAUCAUAAGCUAGACCAUGAGUACUUGAACAGUAGGGGGGCAAUGGGAACACUGUAGAAUCAGAUGAAAUACACUGCCUUGCUUGGCAAGAAUCUGCUUUGUUUCUGUGCACAUUUUCUUUUUUUUCUUAAUGAGGCUCUUAAAGACAAACAUGUUUUAUCUCAUUUGUUAACCCUUUGAGAUCAUGGCAACAUUUUGUCCUAUUUUUGACUUUGUGUUAUGAACUUGAGAAUUUUGUGUUGAUCUGGCAAUAUAUUUUUGAAAGUCAUAUUUAUUAAAUAUUUUGUAUGAAAAGAGAAUUAAAGUUGUCUUGGUUCUGGA